AUUUUGCAGCUAACCUGUGCACCUCUGCACACAAUCCAUGGACAGCCGAGUAGCUACAGUUUCAGUAGCAUGGCACAAUUCACGCUCUACAACAAACAUAGUGCGCCGCCCAACAACGAUAUUAUUACACGCGUCGACUGCGACUGCGAACAUGUACCUCUUUGUUCCGUUAACGAUGUGCAGCUAAGGUUUCUAGUGCCAGAUGAUUUGACCGAGGUUCGCACGCUCUGCCAGGAAUGGUUUCCCAUCGACUAUCCACUGUCUUGGUACGAGGACAUAACAUCCAGCACUCGCUUCUUUGCCCUUGCAGCUGUUUAUAAUCUGGCCAUAAUCGGUUUGAUUGUUGCCGAAAUCAAGCCCUAUAGAAAUGUUAACAAGGAGGUAAUAGCCAAUGUCAGUGAAAGUGAUAGUGAGUAUUACAUCAGGCUGUGCGGUUUUCCCAUGCAGGACAAAGGCAUAUUGCCGGACUCGAUGGGGCGGAACGCUGAGGUUGGCUACAUACUAUCCCUGGGAGUCCAUCGGGCGCAUCGAAGAAAUGGCAUUGGAUCGCUGCUACUAGAUGCGCUGAUGAACCACCUGACGACGCUUGAAAGACAUGCGGUGAAGGCCAUAUUCCUGCACACGUUGACCACAAAUCAGGCUGCCAUAUUUUUCUACGAGAAACGCAGAUUCACACUUCAUUCAUUUCUACCUUACUACUACAAUAUACGAGGCAAGGGCAAGGACGGUUUCACCUACGUGACCUACAUAAAUGGCGGUCAUCCACCUUGGACGUUAUUAGAUCACAUCAAGCACCACGCUUCCAAGCUGCGUCACACGGGCGGUCUCUGCGUUUGGAUGGCUUCUUGCGUGCAGCACAUGGUCCGUUGGUUCUACCAUAAGCUGUUGACACGCUUCAAUGUUAUUGAAUGAGCCGGCGUACAAUCCACCACUACCACCAGCAUCCUUCCGAGUCGAGAGAGAAUUAUUUAUCCUGUUAUAAUAAUCAUAUGGCUUAGGCGAGCCAAAAUCUUUCGUUUCGUACACAAAAUCACGAUCAAACACUGUUGGAAAUGUAACAUAGUUUUUUACAUGUAUUAUUACGUUUUAAAAUACGUUCAUUGCUGUAAAUAGUCGAAACAAUUAUCAACUUUUUUUUUAAAUGCUGCAUAGGUAUCUAAAGCGCAAGGGAUUUUAUACGUUCUUUUUUAAAACAUUAUCGUUACUCUGUAUGUAUUUAAUGUUCUACUACUUGUAGGUUAUCAUUUACGCACAAGACAGUCAAUUUAGUUAGUUUAGGGACAACAUGUAACAAAGAUAAUCACGCUUUACCGCUUUAUUUAUGUAAACCGCACAUAGCUUGAGAACUGAAAAAAAUUCAAAACGAACAUAUUAUUUAACGAAAAACAUGCACAGACAUUUAUCCCUACAAAGAACAUUUGAAUUAAUAUGUUUGCUGUUUCUAUAGUAUUUUGUAAAAGUAUUUUAAAGCAAAAUGUUUCACAGCCUAUUCAUAUUAUUUU